GUCACUGAGGCUGAGAGGUAGGGGGCUGAGACUGAGCAUCACAGUCAUCCAGAAGGGUGAGACAGGCAGAGAAGGAGCAGAGACAGCUCCACAUAGCCAGCUGUGCGGGACCUGAUGCCAUGCGGGGCUGUGCCACUACCAGCUGAGCUUGCCCUGCGCCAUCAUGGCUCCAGCCUUUUGCAUUGCGCUCAGCCGGUUCCUCCUGUUGCUGGCUCCGGCUUUUGGGCUUGAGCUGCUCGACAGGUUCUACUCCAGCCAGCCCACCAACAACUUCGCCCUGGACGGUGCAGGACACCGGGUCUACCUGGCUACUGUCAACCACCUGUACCAGCUGACAAAGGAUUUACACCUGGAGCUGGAGGAGCAGACGGGACCAGUGCAGGACUCCCCCCUGUGCCAUGCCCCCCAAAUCCCGGAGUCCUACUGCGAGUUCCCCAAGACAUGGACCCCCAACUAUAACAAGAUCCUGGAGCUGGACCCGGACCAGGGGCUCCUGCUGGUUUGUGGCUCCAUUCACCAAGGACUUUGCGAGUUGCGAGUCCCGGGCAACAUUACACAGCGCCCAGUGCCAUUCCCCCCGCGCAACGUGGUGCCAAGCAUGCUGAAUGUGGCUGCCAACCACCCCAAUGCCUCCACUGUGGGGCUGCUGCUCAAAACCCAGGAAGGUGACACUAGGCUAUUGGUGGGGGCCACCUACACCGGCUAUGGGAGCCAAUUCUUCUCUUGGAACAGCAGUGUAGCGGAUUUGCGCUUUGAGAACAGCCCUGAGAUCUCUAUCCGGGCGCUGAACACCAGCCACCCCUCCAGGCUCUUCACCUUUGACAUUAGCCCCUCGGAUGAUAACAUCUUUAAGGUCAAACAGGGAAACAAGGUGCAAAACCGCAUGUUCUUUGUGCGCGCGUUCCAGCAGGGCGGGUUUGGCUACCUGGCGAUGAAUGUAGACCCCGCCUCCACGGAGAAGGAGAGCCUGCCCAGCAGCGUCCUGGCGCGGAUCUGCCUCAAGCCGGACCCUAGGGGGGAACCGCGGAAACUGACCGAAUCUUACAUCCAGCUAAGGCUGCGCUGUGAGGGGCCCCGGGGCACGCUGUAUGGGCGCCUGCUCUCAGUGUAUGCGGAGCCGGGGCGGAUCUUUGGGGUGUUCGAGGGGAGGAGAGAGGCUGCGCUCUGCGCCUUUGGGCUGGGGGAAGUGGGGGCCAAGAUUCGUGAGGCCCGGAAGGGCUGCUUUGAAAGCCGGGACAAUGAAGAGGUGUCUGUCCUGUCCAGCGUGGUGCAAGGGAGCGGACCAAGAUGUGAGUGGAGGAACAACCUCAAGGUAAAGCUGCAGGAUGAACAGUUGGAUUGUGGAGCGGCUCAUCUCCAGCACCCGCUAGCUAUCAAUCGGCCUCUGUCUGCCACCGCGCUCUUCAAGGCUCCGGGUUUGACCUCGGUGGCAGUGGCCAAUGUCAGCGGCUACACGGUGGCAUUUUUGGGCACAGCCAGCGGACAACUUCAGAAGAUUAACCUUGAUGCUGCUAUGAAUAUUGUCAGCAGGCAGUCUAUACAGAUAGCUCGGGGACAGCCGGUCCACCACAUCAUGCAGUUUGAUGCUAUCAAUCCCACCUACCUCUAUGUGAUGACCUCCUACCAGAUGACGCGAGUAAAAGUAGCUGACUGUGAGAAGUUUCUGACCUGUUCAGAGUGUCUACAAGCUUCAGACCCUUAUUGCGGAUGGUGCACCAUGGAAGCCAGGUGUUCCAUCCAGCAGGAAUGUCAAAAUUCCGAAGAUUCCAUGUUCUGGACUGGCCCAAGCAAAGAUAGCAUACACCAAUGCCCUGCAUUACAAGUUAUGCCUAAGGAGAUUGACAUAUCCUCAGAUACCCAGACCAUCCUCUUACAAAUCACAGGGAAUCUUCCCAGCCUCAAGCAUAUGAACAUCUCCUGUGACUAUGGAAAUAGUGUUUUCAUGCCGGCAACCGUUGUCUAUGAUGCCGAUGCUUCACAGCACUGGGCCCACUGCUCCUUCCUUCCAAAAGAUCAAAUCCCAGCAUUCCAUGUAAAUCAAGAUCACGUGACCGUCACAAUGGCUCUUACUGUAGACGGGAUCCACAUCGCUCAGCAAAACUUUGUUAUCUUUGAUUGUGAGAGGACACAAAGGAUCCACCUGAAAACAUCGUGCACGAGCUGUGUGAAAUCUCCGUGGCCCUGUAAGUGGUGUGAAAAGCAGCACAAGUGCAUGUACAACACAUCACAGUGUGACUUUGCUGUCAAGAAUAACACAGACUGUCCCCAGAUAACCACCAGGCACAUUGUACCUACACCUACGGGGAUCACCAAGGAUGUCAUCUUGUCUGUGGCAAAUGUCAACCAGGAUCUCGCCGUGGAAUGUGAUUUUGGAGCAGAACAGACUUUCCGAGCCAGAUGGUUAAAUUCCACGUCUGUCCUGUGCAUCAAUGUGCUGCUCCACACAUCCCAGAGCAGCCAGAAAUUCCCAGUGAAUCUGCAGCUAAUGGACUAUUCUGGACAGUUUCUUGACAACGUGGAUAUGCUGACUGUUGAAGUCUAUAACUGUGCAGCAGAAACCACGGACUGUUCUCGAUGUCUUGGACGAACAGAUUUAGGACACCUGUGCGCAUGGAGUGAGAGCAGCACAUCCUGCAGGCUGAAUGGUGAACUGCAGCCCAUUCAGAACACUUGUCCAUCCCCAGAGAUUAGGAAGAUAGAGCCAGUGAAUGGCCCCGUGCUCGGAGGUACAUUGCUCACUAUUCAAGGGCGCAAUCUUGGGAGUCGCUUUAGCGACAUUGUUGAUAAAGUGAAGAUCGGAGACAUUCCUUGCUAUCCCAUCAAGGAGAGAUAUCGGGUGUCUGAAGAAAUUGUUUGUGUGACUGGAGAGUCCUCAACAGAGCUCAGCGACUGGGUGUCUGUGGACGUCAAUGGGGGAGGUCGCUCCAAGGAAAAAUUUUUGUUUAUGUUGCCGGAAGUGUUUAGUAUAUCUCCGAAUCUUGGCCCCAGAGCUGGAGGAACAAAGAUCACCAUAUCGGGAAAACAACUGGACAUUGGUGGAGAAGUCCGUGUUCUGUUUAAUGAAACCCUGGACUGCAAAGACCUUGUACGAACAGAGAGCAGUAUCCACUGUACUGUUCCAGCAAUGGGGUCACUUUCCACCACAAGCAUCAACAUCUGUGUCCAGUUUGAGCGAAGGUCAUGUCUAAAUGGCAACCUCACAUUCCAGUACAGGGAAAACCCGGUGAUCAGCAAUAUGGAGCCCAGGAGCAGUCACAUGAGUGGUGGCCGCAUCAUCACAUUGACUGGGGAAAGAUUCAAUAUGGUACAAGAUAUGAAGAUGAAGAUUAAAAAUCACAAAGGAGGACUAGUGAACUGCACUGUUCUCAGUGACGUCAUGAUCACCUGCCCUUCACCUACUGCACCAAACUCCACCCUGGAGAGAAGAAAUGUAAGCGUGGGCUUCUAUAUUAAUGGCGUCUAUGUGUCCGAUGAGAGAACCGACACAAAUGAUGAUCAAGCUGAAGAAGAACACGUCAACAACAGGUUUAGCCUCGAGUAUCAGCCUGAUCCAAUGUUCUUCACUGCCAAGAAGGAGAAGUUGAUCAAGCACCAUGUCGGAGAACCUUUAACUCUAGUGAUACAUAAAGAACAUGAUGAUCUUGGCUUGAGGGUGGAUGAAUAUCAAGUGAAGGUCGGACAGAUUCCCUGUGAGCUUAUUGUCUUUAAUGACAAAGUUAUUCACUGCAGCAUCAACGAAUCAUUAAGUUCAUCAGACCACUACCUACCUGUCACAAUACAAGUAGGUAAACUUAACCAGACCAUAACCAUGCUGCAUCUGGCCGGGAUAGAAAUGUCAAUCAUCGUUUCAAUAGUCAUCUUCAUCAUAUUGUUACUACUCUGUGUAGUUGCUCUCUUUGUUUUCUGCACCAGGAGUCGCAGGGCUGAGCGCUACUGGCAGAAAACUCUGGUGCAGAUGGAGGAGAUGGAGUCCCAAAUACGAGAGGAGAUCCGAAAAGGAUUUGCAGAGUUACAGACUGAUAUGACUGACCUUACCAAGGAGUUAAACCGCAGCCAGGGAAUACCAUUUUUGGAGUACAAACACUUUGUGACCAGAACCUUUUUUCCAAAGUGUUCCUCUAUCUAUGAAGAAUGUUACAUCCUACCCCCCAAAAAAUUCAACAACCAGCUGGGUACACAGGUACCAGAGACACAUCCUUUACUGUGCUCAGAGUGGAAGGUUCCAGAGAAUUGCCGCACAAACAUGGAGGAAGGAAUUGCGACAUUGUCCACUCUACUCAGCAACCGUCACUUCCUGGUCACUUUUAUCCAUGCGGUUGAGGCACAAAAGGACUUUGCUGUACGAGACAGGUGUAACCUGGCCUCUCUUCUCACCAUAGCCCUGCAUGGGAAGUUGGAGUACUACACUAGCAUUAUGAAAGAUCUCUUGGUCGACCUCAUAGACUCGUCGGCUUCCAAAAAUCCCAAACUGAUGCUGCGUAGGACAGAAUCGGUGGUGGAGAAGAUGCUGACCAAUUGGAUGUCCAUCUGCAUGUACAGUUGUCUGAGGGAGACGGUAGGAGAGCCAUUUUUCUUACUGCUGUGUGCUAUAAAACAGCAAAUCAACAAGGGAUCCAUCGAUGCCAUCACAGGGAAGGCGAGAUACACACUGAAUGAGGAAUGGCUUUUGAGAGAGAAUAUUGAAGCUAAACCCAUGAAUAUCAACGUCUCCUUCCAGGGCUGUGGCAUGGACUCAUUGACUGUACGUGUGCUGGACACAGAUACAGUCAGUCAGUGUAAGGAGAAAAUACUGGAAGCUUUCUGCAAGAACCUGCCAUACUCACAGUGGCCACAAGUGGAAGAUGUGGACCUAGAAUGGUUUGCAUUCAGUUCAAGGGGCUACAUCCUUCGAGACCUUGAUGACUCAUCCAUCAUGGAGGACGGAAGGAAGAAACUGAACACAUUGUCGCACUAUAAGGUCUGUGAUGGGGCAUCGCUGGCGAUGAGUCUAAAGGAUCAGCGGGAUAACACCCUUGGCCGAGUGAAAGACUUAGACACAGACAAGUAUUUUCAUUUGGUCCUUCCGACUGAUGACCUCCUGGAAAAUAAGAAAUCUCACCGACAGAGUCAUAGGAAGAAGGUUCUACCCGAAAUCUAUCUCACCCGCCUCCUCUCUACAAAGGGAACAUUGCAGAAAUUUCUGGAUGACCUUUUCCGAGCCAUCCUCAGCAUCCGCGAUGACCGGCCGCCCUUGGCCAUUAAAUACUUCUUUGACUUUCUUGAGGAACAGGCAGAGAAGAGGGGGAUCUCUGACCCAGACACCUUGCACAUAUGGAAGACUAACAGCCUUCCCCUGCGCUUCUGGGUAAACAUCCUGAAAAAUCCAGAGUUUGUAUUUGACAUGGAAAAGUCAGACCACAUGGACGCUUGUCUGUCAGUCAUCGCCCAAGCUUUUAUUGAUGCCUGUUCCAUUUCUGAUAUGCAACUGGGCAAGGACUCACCCACAAACAAGCUGCUGUACGCUAAGGAAAUUCCAGAAUAUAGGAAAAUUGUGCAGAAAUAUUACCGGCAAAUCAAGGAGAUGAGUCCUCUCAGCGAGCAGGAGAUGAACGCACAUCUCGCCGAGGAGUCACGGAAGUACCAAAAUAAAUUUAACACCAGUGUGGCAUUGGCUGAAAUCUACAAGUACGCCAAGAAAUAUCGCUUACAGAUCAUCAAUGCCUUGGAAGCGAAUCCCGUAACGAAACGGGGCCAGCUGCAGCACAAAUUUGAGCAAGUGAUUGUCCUGAUGGAGGAUGAUAUCUACACAUGUAGCAGUGAAGCGUAGAAAGACCACUAUGGAUCCCCCUCUUCUCCUGGAAUUUAAUUCUUGUUGCAGAAUUCUUGGCCUUAAGUGGUGAUGGAGACCCCAAUUACGGCACUGAUUUUAUGACAGAUAAGUGACGCUCGAGAUGUGCACUGAACAUCUCAUCUUGCCCACCACAUCUCCUUGAUGGCUAGGCCACACAAGGACAUUUUUGGCCUGAUACUUGACCAAGAAAGGUUGAACUCCUGGGGUCAUAUUGUGGACGUACUCACUGCGCCAUUCCCAAGAAACGUCAUACUUUUACGUAGUCCUACGGAACAUUUUAUAUCCUUACUGCUUUCUUGGAAUUUUGCACUGCAGACCUGAAAAACACUGCAAGGGCACAACCACUGGAGUUACAACUGUAAUUCCCUGACAGUAGAACGGACUUUUGACAUUGGGUAAUAAAUACAAGCAUAACUGAGUGCCUUAUAGUCAUAGAUCUCAGGAUAUUUAAAGGGAGUGUAGUGAUAUCCAGGGACAUGCGAGACACACAAACCUAUUACUGUGCACUCAAAUCCAUUCCAGAUAGUUCUACCAAUAGGGGACGUUGUACUUGGUCUAUACCCGAUUAUGCAGUAGUAUUGCUUUUGGUUAGAAAUGGGUCGGAUUUAGCCAGAUAUGUAGUACGGGUUUCAUGCACUUUUUUUCCCCUUGCGUAGAAGGAAGCACUCUGCAAUAUCUUAGGGUUUUUACCCUACAGCUUCCCCGUUGCCUUAUUAUUUGGCCAAACCAUUAGCUGCUGGUCCUUGGAAGCUUCUACCUGCUGACUAUCAACAUACCACUUUAAAAUAUGGCUGCUCCUUGGUGCCGAAUCCAGUCAAUGUAGUUGAUCCAAUGUAGUGGAAUUGCUGCAAUAUGGACAACCCAUGAUGACCGGUGGCUGGUGUCAUGAACCGUUCACUUCACCAACGAACCACAAAGAUAAAAUGAGUCAAGUAGUAAAUGGCAUAAAGAUCUGCUGUGCAGAGAGGAUACGGAUGAGCACAGGUUUUUUUUGCUUAAAUAAAAGGUGCAAUAUAUGAAAUCUGCUAAAGGGAGAGGAAGUAAUCCUGCAGUCAAUGUACAGGAAUGGUUAUAUUUUGGGCAGGGGGCAGAUAUUUAGGUCCUGUUUUACAAACCGGGUACCCAUGCUCAUUUUAGAUACAUUCAGUUUCAUUAUCCCUGAUGGCCUAGGGUCGGGAAAGUCAUUUUGUGAUGUACAUUGAGGGGAUAAAUUCAGAUUUGCCCAGGACCAUUGUGCCAAACCAGUCAAGUGUCAAGAAUAGACAUUGGUGAUUCAUUUAUGUAUAAGUCACCCUCUAGGGCAGUGGUCUCCAACCUGUGGACCUCCA